CGUAAAAAAGGAAAAGUCCAUGACUUGGUCUUCUUCGCCUUCCUCCAUAUCAUUCUUACCUUGUCAAUAAAACCAACCACCGAAUCAAUCUGCAGCUCCAUCUCUCACCAUAACCUCCAUCGAUCAACCUCAUAUCCAUCACUUCAACUCUGGUUUUUAUUUCCGCCAUGGAGGAGGGCACAAAGUCUGAGAACCAUUUGAUAUCAGUUGCAGCUUUUGUUGAAGGCGGAACUCAGGAUGCCUGCGAUGAUGCUUGCAGCAUAUGCCUUGAAUCAUUCUCUGAAAAUGAUCCUCCCACGGUUACGGGUUGCAAGCACGAAUUUCAUCUCCAGUGCAUUCUUGAAUGGUGUCAAAGGAGCUCUCAAUGCCCAAUGUGCUGGCAGUCCAUCAGCUUGAAGGACCCGAGCAGUCAGGAGUUGCUCAAUGCAAUAGAGCAGGAAAGAAGUAUUGCAAGUAACCCGUCUAUGAAUGCGACAAUAUUUCAUCAUCCAACCUUUGGGGACUUCGAACUACAGCAUUUGCCUGUUAGUGCGACAGAUGCCGAGCUAGAGGAGCGAAUAAUUCAGCACUUGGCUGCUGCUGCAGCAAUGGGUAGGGCCCGUCAUAUUGCUAGGAGGGAAGGUCAUAGAACUCAAACAUCAGUCCAGGGGCGGCCACGAUAUUUGGGUUUCUCAGCACAACCUAGUGUACCUUCCCCUACUCGACCUACUUCAAGCGAUGAUGUUGAAUCUACCCCUGCGAUUGGCGGAAGCCCGUUGGUAACAGUGCAUGAAGAAUCUGUACGAGGGAGUGCAGCAUCAUCCUCCGUCCAUGCUAGUGAACAUCCUGUUUCACCGUCUGUCUCAAGCAUAGUUCCUGCACGUCCACAUGAAACUCCCUCAACCGACUGCAGGUCGGUUAUGCAGUCUUCCCCAAACAACCAAGAUCGAGCAGGGCCUUCGGAACUGCACUCCUUUUCAGAUUUUAAAACCCGAGUUAACGCAAUAUCAAUGAGAUACAAAGAAUCUAUUACAAAAACCACAAAGAAUUGGAAGGAAAAAUUAUUCUCCCGUAACAGCAGUGCCACCGAUCAUGGUUCCACGGAUCCAGGAGAGGGCAGUGCAGGCAUUGCAACAUUAUCGCGUAUGAUGGACCAUCUUCAACACGACUUGGCACCACCCAUCUCAAAUAAUAGUCCGCUUACUGAUGAACGCCGCCAACAGAACACCAUGGCAACAACCGCCACCAAUUCUGCUAGUCGAAAUCAGACAGCACCACCAAGUUCUACUGUAGAGUAAGUGACCUUUGGAACGCUAUCAACCGAACGCUUCUAUUCGUUAGUUAGUUACCGUGGUCUAAAAAGUUUUUUUUGUUACGAACUUCAUAUAAACGACUGAAUCCGUUCUUGUUUGAAGUAUUUGACUCGAUACUUGAUAUCUAUAAGAUACUCGUUUGGGAUGUCAUGUUUACCCUUUUCCUCACGUUAUUCAUAAGUCGCUUUGGC